AUGAGUGAAAAGGAAGACCAAGGAGAUCCAGCAGAUAUUGAUGAUUCAGCAGAAAGUAGAGAAUAUGAAGAUGAUUUUGAAAAAGACCUUGAUUGGCUAACUAAUGAAGAAGAAAAAGAAAACCUUGGUGAAGGAGAGAAUCCUGAAAAAAAUGAAGAGGAUGUCGAAGCACAAAUUGUUAAAGUUGUGGACAAGUUUGAGGAAGACAGUGAGGAAAUGGAAGAAAAUCCAGAUCCGCUUUCAGAGGCAGAUGUAGAUGCAGAAGUGAGACCCUCCAAUGAAGAGAGUUUGGAAUCCAGGUCUGAUGUUAAACAGGGGGAUCAUGUCUCUGAUACUGAUAGUGAAAGCUCUAUCCAGGAAUCCAAGCUGGAAAACCAGCAGGAACUGGAUGAAGAAGAGCAUGAAGAAAUAAAGCGUUACAUCUUGGAAAAGAUUGAAGAAGCUAACAAACUGCUGGAGAAUCAGGCUCCUGUGGAUCAGAACAGAGAGCGGAAAUUAAAAUUUAAGGAUAAGUUGGUGGAUCUUGAAGUUCCUCCUCUAGAAGACGCUGAGGUUUGUAAAACUGAUGUUGUGAGAGGAGAUGAUGUUUCAAAUAAGCUAUCUCGAUUGCAUAUUUCUAAUGAAAUGGGACAGGAAAGCACAUCACUUUCACCACGUGCUGGCAAGGAUGAGGAAAAGAAGGAUGGUAAAAUCCUAGUGGAAAAAGAUGGCAAGUUUGAACUCUUAAGUUUAUGUGAUAUUGAAAGCCAGGGCUUUUUGCCCCCUAUAAGUGUUUCUUUUACUGAUAUUAAAACUCAACAUACGUCUCCAAAAUCUUCACACUACAGUCCUUUUGGCACUGUCUCUGGAAUGAAGGAAGUACCUCCAGUGAGACCAGGAGCACAUUCUUUUUCUCCUGGUGGAGAAGGGUGUGUGUAUUUCCCUAUACCUCCAUCUAACCCUAAGCGUCGUCCAAAUUCUGCUAUCAAUGCUGCAAGAGGUCUGGGAAGACAGAAGACUCCACAGAGAGUGCAGUCUGCAAAUAUGCCCGUGAGAAGCUCCACUUACUGCCUUUCCCCCAGACAAAAAGAAUUGCGGAAGCAGUUAGAACAAAGGAAGGAAAAACUGAGGAAAGAGGAAGAAGAAAGGAAGAGAGAACAAGAAGAACAGAAGAAAAGAGAGAAUGAGAUGGUUUUUAAAGCUUGGUUACAGAAGAAGAAAGAACAAGUGCAAGAAGAAAAGCGAAUUCGUCGUGCAAAGGAGCUAGAAGACUUGAACAGCAAAGAGAGGAGCAGGAAUCCAGAAGAAGCCUACAAUCAAUGGCUGAAAAAAAAGCACCAAGAACACAUGAAAAAAAAACAGAUAGACAUUUUGAGACGCCAAGCUGAGGGAAUUGCCUUUUUUCCAAGAACAGAGGAAAGCAACAGAGCCUUUAAAGAAUGGCUAAAAAGAAAGAGAGAAGAAAAACGAGCUGAAGAACUAGCUUCUAAAGAGAGUCUAAGGCAGCUUAGAUUAGAAGCCAGAAGAGCAAAACAGAUGCAGAACAUCCAUUGUAUUAGUUCAGAGCCCAAAUCCUUUCGCUUCACAAACCAUUACAGUUGA